UGGUGGCAACAUUUAAGCAAAUAAAAUAAAAUAAAAGCGGAGGAGACUUUUUUUUUGUGAUUUUUUUAUUUUAUAAAUUUAAAAUUAAAAAGAAAAACAAAAGGAGAAUUAAUUAAAAGGGACAUUUAAUAUUUUAAAUAUUUUUUCAUUUUGAAAAUAGAACAAUUCAGUUUUUUUUUUUUUAAAUAAUUCUUUAUUAUUUCUUGUAUUUGUGAUAUUAAUUUUAGUUUAAAGAAAUAAAAGUAAAAAUUAAAUUAGAAAAAUAAUUUAACUUAAAAAUAGUGAAUUUUUCCCUAGUAUUCUUACAUUUUUUUUUUUUUUGGAAAAAAUUCUUAUUUGCUAUAAAUAAAUAAAAAGAUUAUUUAUACAUAUAUAAAAUAAUUAGAUAAGCAACAAAAAACAAAUAAAAAAUUAUAUAAUGACUAAUAUUGAAAGACGUAGUAAAGUAAACCGUUUUACAAAUCUUUUAUCAUGUCGUCAAAUAUUAAAUAUAAUGGUAUGUCUUGGUUUUAUGUUAAAUUAUGCAUUACGUGUAAAUUUAACAAUAGCAAUUGUUGCUAUGGUUGAACCAUUAACACCAUCAACAUCAGAAUCAAUAAUUGAUAAUGAAACAUUUCGUAAUUAUGAAAGAGAUCAUAAUUUAACAGCAUUAUCAUUAAUUGCACAUCCACCAUUAAAUGAUACAUUAUCAACAUAUGAAAAUAAAAUGACAACUGAUGCAGAACCAAGAUUUAAUUGGGAUACAUAUCAACAGAAUUUUGUAUUAGGAAGUUUCUUUUGGGGUUAUAUAUUAACUGAAUUACCUGGCGGUCGUUUAGCUGAAUUAAUUGGUGGUAGACGUGUAUUUGGACAUUCCAUGUUAUGGGCUAGUUUAUUAACAUUAAUAACACCAUUUGCUGCAUAUACACAUUAUGUAUUUUUAAUUGUUGUACGUGUUGUAUUAGGUUUUAUGUUAGGUGCAUCAUGGCCAGCUAUACAUCCAAUGGCAGCUGUAUGGAUAAAACCAAUGGAUAGAUCAAAAUUUAUGUCAAAUAUGAUGGCAUCAUCACUUGGAGCAGCAAUUACAAUGCCAAUUUGUGGAGUUUUAAUUUCAUCAUUUGGAUGGGCUAGUGUAUUUUAUGCAACUGGUGGUGUUGGUUUAUUAUGGUCAAUUUUAUGGUUCAUUUUUAUAUUUGAUACACCAGCAACACAUCCAAGAAUAACACCUGAGGAAAGAAAUGAAAUUGAAGAAGCAAUUGGUAGUUCAACAUCAAAAACACGACCAAGUUAUGUACCAUGGAAACAAAUGUUAACAUCGGCAGCUGUUUGGGCAAUAAUUUUAACACAUGGUCUAUCUGUAUUUGGUUUCUUUACUCUAAUAAAUCAAUUACCAACAUAUAUGAGAACAAUAUUACAAUUUAAUAUUAAGAGUAAUGGAUUAUACUCAUCUUUACCAUACCUUGGUAAAUAUAUAAUGGCAUUAAGUUCAUCAUUCCUUGUUGAUUAUUUGAGACAAAAUGACAAAUUGACAACAACACAAGCUAGAAAAGUUUUCACAUCAUUCGCUUUGAUGUCACCUGGACUUUUAAUGAUUUUACAAGCUUUUUAUGGUAAAACAGCUGUAUGGUCUAUUACAAUUUUUACACUUACAUUAUUUACACAUGGUGCUGUAACAGCUGGUUAUUUGGGUAAUGGUUUAGAUAUUGCACCAAAUUUCAGUGGAACAAUCUUUGGUUUAGCAAAUACAUUAUCAUCAUUUGGUGGUUUCUUAUCAACAUGGAUGGUUGGAGCUUUAACAUAUGAAGAUAAAACAUAUUUAGCCUGGCAAAAAGUAUUUUCGAUAUUAGCUGCUACUUAUAUUGGCGGUGCUGUAAUAUAUUUAAUUUUUGGUACUGGUGAAUUACAAUCAUGGAAUAAUCCACCAGAAAGGAAAAAGAAACACAAUGAUACUGAUCUUGAACAACAAGAACCUUUAAAGAAUGGAAAAAUUUAAAAAUGAAAAAAGUAAAAAAAUUAAGAUGCCAGGAAAUGUUUAUUUUUUUUUUUUAAAUAUCAACAAACCUAAAUUGAAUUUUUUUUAUUUUAUUAACACUGGGCAUUGAUUUUAUUAAAAAUAUAAAAUAAAAUUUAAAAUGAAAAUAAUUAUUGUUGAACGAAUUAAAAACGUUUGUUAAAUAAUUACGGAAAAAUGUUCCAAAAAUUAAUUUUGGGUUUUUCAAAAAAAUUUUCCUUUUUUAAUCAAAGAACGUUUCUUUUUAAUUUUUUUUUUUUUUAAAUUAUUGAAAACAUUGUUU